GCAGCCCGGUGAGUAGGCGUCCGGGUGGGGGCUCUUCCCCCCACCGCAGCCCCGAGCGCGGCGCAGGCCCCGCGGCCAGGCCGCGCUUUGUUCCCCGGGAGGUGGCGGAGCUCUGUCGGGCGGCGGCUGGCCGGCUGCCUCGCGGCCCUGCCGGGUACUGAGCGGUGGUGGCCGGGCCCGGCGGUGGGGCUGGGGGCACUGCACGCCUAGCCUCCCCGCGCGGCGCCGCCUCCUCGCCCGCCGCGGGCGGGCUGACGGCUGCCUGGCCGCUCGUUUUCCUGACCCCUCGCGGGUCUCCGGCCGGGAACCGGCGCAACAGGAGAGAAGAUGAGCUGCAGCAUUUUGGGCAAGCUGAAGUUUGGAAUGCUAGGACAUAACCUGUUAAGAAGGAAAUCACAAUAGUUAAGAGGUGAUGAAGGUUAAAGAAGCCUGGAAACUGCUGUAAUUUAACACGUACCGUAUGUAUUUGGCUUGGCCUGAGGCUGGAAAGAUGGGGAGAUUGAAUGAAGACUAAAAGGGAUAAAUGACUUGCUGAAAGCCAUAUGUAUAUUUCAUAGCAGAACAAGGAAUGGGAACCAGAUUUUCUUCUGAGUUUUGGUCCUGCUUAGCAGACCAGCCAUGCUGCAUUGUCUGAUAUGUGAUGAGAAAAUGGUGAAAUUACCUGCCCUUUGAACCUUGCAGUCUCUCUUCCAUGGCUUUCAUGUUUUCUUAAAAAGCUAGGGAAGAAAGCCAGCAUGCUAUUUGUCAACUGCUGCCUGGAUGAAUGUCUGUAGUUCUUAUUCUCAGUGGGGCUGGGGUGGACUUCAGGUGCAAGAUAACUGCAUUGUGCUGCUGUGCACAAUGAGAUGCCUUUUGUCUGUUUUGACUGGUGGACUGGAGCGUACCUUCCCAGAUGUAGAUCUGGACUUAGUGGAGGUUGGUGGAGCUGCCAUGGAGUCGCCAAGGAGUCUGUGAUACGUGGACCCCAUAUAUCAUUCAUCCAAGAGCCGUGGAAAUUAACUGCAGUAGAAUGGAAGCGUCAGUAAUAUUACCCAUUCUGAAGAAAAAAUUGGCUUUUCUUUCAGGAGGGAAGGACAGAAGAAGUGGCCUCAUUCUGACAAUUCCAUUAUGCCUUGAGCAGACGAGUAUGGAUGAGCUGAGUGUCACGCUAGACUACCUGCUAAGCAUUCCAAGUGAAAAAUGCAAAGCUAGAGGAUUUACUGUGAUUGUGGAUGGCAGAAAAUCUCAGUGGAAUGUGGUGAAGACAGUUGUGUUAAUGCUGCAGAAUGUUGUUCCAGCUGAAGUAUCACUUGUUUGUGUAGUAAAGCCAGACGAGUUUUGGGAUAAGAAGGUUACACACUUCUGUUUUUGGAAAGAAAAAGAUAGACUUGGCUUUGAGGUUAUUCUAGUAUCUGCUAACAAACUGACUCGGUAUAUUGAACCAUGCCAACUAACAGAAGAUUUUGGAGGAACUCUCACCUAUGAUCACAUGGAUUGGUUGAAUAAGAGGCUGGUAUUUGAAAAAUUCACAAAAGAAUCAACAUCCUUACUAGAUGAGCUUGCUCUAAUUAACAAUGGAAGUGAUAAAGGAACUCAAGAAAAAGAGAGAUCAGUAGAUUUGAACUUCCUUCCAUCAGUUGAUCCUGAGAUGGUACUGCAGACAGGCCAUGAGUUGCUAUCUGAGCUACAACAGCGUCGAUUUAAUGGUUCAGAUGGAGGAGUAUCAUGGUCUCCAAUGGAUGAUGAACUACUUGCUCAGCCACAGGUCAUGAAGCUACUAGACUCCCUCCGAGAGCAAUAUACCCGCUACCAGGAAGUCUGUAGACAACGUAGCAAGAGAACUCAACUAGAGGAGAUUCAGCAGAAGGUAAUGCAGGUAGUCAAUUGGCUUGAAGGACCUGGAUCAGAACAGCUAAGGACCCAGUGGGGAAUAGGCGACUCAAUUAGAGCUUCACAAGCAUUGCAACAGAAGCAUGAAGAGAUUGAGAGUCAGCACAGUGAGUGGUUUGCUGUUUAUGUUGAGCUUAAUCAGCAGAUUGCAGCUCUUCUAAAUGCAGGGGAUGAGGAGGACCUUGUGGAAUUAAAAGCAUUACAGCAACAGCUGAGUGAUGUGUGUUACCGGCAGGCCAGUCAGCUGGAAUUCAGGCAGAAUCUAUUACAAGCAGCACUUGAAUUUCACAGUGUUGCCCAAGAUUUGUCUCAGCAAUUGGAUGGCUUACUAGGAAUGUUGUGUGUAGACGUAGCACCAGCAGAUGGAGCAUCAAUUCAACAAACUUUAAAACUACUGGAAGAGAAAUUGAAGAGCGUUGACUUAGGCCUGCAAGGCUUACGUGAGAAAGGUCAAAGUCUUCUUGAUCAGAUAUCUAAUCAGGCAUCCUGGGCCUAUGGAAAAGAUGUGACUAUUGAAAACAAAGAAAAUGUGGACCACAUCCAAGGAGUGAUGGAAGAUAUGCAGCUUAGAAAACAAAGGUGUGAGGAUAUGGUAGAUGUGCGACGACUGAAGAUGCUUCAGAUGGUACAGUUAUUUAAAUGUGAAGAAGAUGCCGCUCAGGCAGUAGAAUGGUUAAGUGAACUGUUGGAUGCUCUGCUGAAGACACAUAUCCGACUGGGAGAUGAUUCACAAGAAACAAAAGUUUUGCUGGAGAAACAUCGAAAAUUUGUUGAUGUUGCACAGAGUACUUAUGAUUAUGGAAGACAGUUACUGCAGGCAACUGUUGUGCUGUGCCAGUCCCUACGAUGCACUUCAAGGUCCUCAGGGGACACACUUCCAAGAUUGAACAGAGUAUGGAAACAGUUUACAUUAACUUCUGAAGAAAGAGUACAGAGGCUGGAAAUGGCUGUUGCAUUUCAUUCAAGUGCUGAAAAGAUACUGCAAGAAUGUCCAGAGCAGCCUGAAGCUUUUAAUGAAAUAGAGCAAUUUGACGAAAUUGAAGCAGUUGGGAAAUCGUUGUUGGACAGAUUAACAGUGCCUGUAGUUUAUCCUGAUGGUUCUGAGCAGUACUUCGGGAGCCCAAGUGAUAUGGCUUCUGCAGCAGAACACAUUAGAGAGAAGAUGAAGCUAGUUAGCCUGAAAAAGCAGCAGCUGAGACAACCAGAAGUCACUACCCCAGAGAGCUAAUACUGACCCUUGUCUAUCAAUUCAUAAUAGGACUUCAGUUUGUAAUCCAGCAUGUUGUUUGCAUAUUACAGAAUUUGGCAUAAUAUAUUAAAAUGCAUUUCACAGC